AACAUUCGAGAAGUAUUUUUCAGUCUGGACUUCCAGGUAGACACACGGUCGAUUCGAAUAUCGCGGUUGAUUUUAACACUUCAAGGCUUCCUUUUCUGUUAAUGACAUAUUUAAGUCCACGGUUGGUCCAGUUGAUGGGAAAUUUAGCCAUCUUGCGUCAGGAAUCCGUGAUGAGCGCGCAAAGCUGCGCGUGACAUGACGUCGGACCGCAGACUUCGACUCAAUUCGGGCAAGUUUCCUCCAUUGGCUCUCCACUUACCUAUUAUAUAGAAUCAAUACUACCAUGUUUUACGACAAAGUAGACGAAGACGGCGAACGUGAGACUCCGGAGCAAGUAUUUAAGAUCAUAAUAAUCGGCGACAGUGGCGUGGGAAAGACUUGCCUUGCUCAUAGAUUUGCGACCGGAAAAUUCCCGGAGAGAACAGAGGCUACAAUUGGAGUUGAUUUCUGGGAAAGAAAACUCGAGUUGGAUGGUGCAAACAUCCGGCUACAAAUCUGGGAUACAGCUGGUCAAGAGAGAUUUCGUAAAAGCAUGGUGGUUCAUUAUUAUAGGAAUGUGAGUGCUGUAAUCUUCAUGUAUGACAUCACGAGAGAGGGUUCAUUCAAGGCAUUGGCAACAUGGCUUGAUGAAUAUGACCACUACGGUCUGACUGAUUGUGAGGGAGAAGUCCCAAAACUUAUGAUUGGGAACAAGUGUGACCUCAUUCAUGAGAGAAUAGUUAGCUCAAAUCAAGCAAGAAAAUUUGCAGACCUCCACAGCAUGCCCAUGUGGGAAAUUUCAACCAAAAAUGAUGAAGAACUGGAGACAAUUGAAUCCAUUUUUCUAACACUCUCUCACAAACUUGUACGGUCAAAAAGUUUUAUGGAUAGACUUCCACGUUACACGUCUCUGGAGUCAUCAGUCGAAAGCACCAAAUCAAGAACUAAAUCAGGGAAAUUUAGAAAUUCACAGAAGAAAAUUAAACUCAAGAAUGAAACUGGACAUCAGAAGAAGAAUUGUUGCGAAUCCUCGCUUCCUACCCGCCUUGCGCUUAGGGUGAAAAAGGAAAGCGAAGCUCACAAAUUUUCGUUGUGUUGGAUUUUUACAAACUUUGCCCGUGAAAUGGAAGACUACAGCUACCUGUUUAAAAUAAUCUUGAUUGGCGAUGCCAACGUUGGAAAAACAUGUCUGGUUAAAAGAUUUACGAAGGGAUUCUUUGCUCCAUCGCAAGGUCCAACGAUCGGUGUGGAUUUUACGAUACGAACCGUGGAAGUCGACGGAGAAAAAGUUAAGCUACAAGUUUGGGACACAGCUGGUCAAGAACGUUUCCGCUCAGUUACCCACAGUUAUUAUCAUAAUGCAGAUGGUGUCAUUAUAACUUAUGACAUCACCAAUAGGAAAUCGUUUGAAAACCUGCAACAACAUUGGCUUGAUGACGUCCACAGAUUCACAAGCAAGAAGGUACUGAUGUUCAUUGUAGGGAAUAAAAAUGACCUUUCCCACCAGAGGGAAGUGGAUUUCAGGAGUGCACAAAUGAUUGCCGAGAAUGAAGAUGGCACGGCUAUGGAAACGUCUGCAAAAGAGGCAGACAACGUGGAGAACUUGUUUAUGAGCAUGGCAACUAAAUUGAAGAGAAACAUAAAAAGCAAGGAAACUGCAGAAACAAAAGACAUUGCUGCUGAUGGCAAUCCUACUGGCAUUACCCUUGGGGGGCAUAACAUUUGUGCCCGGGGGCCACUGUCCUGUUGCAGAGUAUAGAGACAUCAAACUUAUUUAUCAGUUUUCCACAGAUACAGAUGCAUCAUCUACAUUGUAAUGUACAAAACAAUUUUAGUAUGGGACUUAAUGUACAGCUCAAUGAAGGAGAAAGAUCUUGUAAAUAUUGUAUAUAAAAUUAGUUGGUUUUAAACAUAAUUUUUAUAUUUUUAAUUAAAAUAU